AAUUUUAGACUUCAUAACAGCAACAUGAUUUUUCUUCCUCAGAUUUCAAAAAAUUUCAAAAACAUGCGCGUUGGGCAUUACGCCUUAAUCAUACAAUUAAUAACUUCCUUUUACUGCAUCUGGCUACCAGUGACAAGCGCAGAAGUUUCAACCAAUGAUCUUGCACCUAUGAAAAAUACAGACUGCAAAUGUGAAAACGGAACCUGUGUCGCGGAAGGAAACAAAACAGUCUGCGUUUGUGAUCCUGGCUUUGGUAAAAUCAGCAAAACAGCUUGCAAAGCAUGCGAAUGCGGAGCAACCUUCGGAUGCAUUUUCGAUGUCGGUUUCUUCAGUACUUCCAAGAAGUGCCUCUGUACUGAAGGCUUCGUGGAGAGGAACGGGAUCUGCAAAGAAUGCAACUGUGGGAAAAACGGCGAUUGUGAAUUAAACGCUAAUGGAACAAAGAGUUGCAGAUGUCAUCCUGGUUACGUGGAAAUAAAUGGUCACUGCGACGAUUGUGCGUGUGGUUUAAAAAACACAACAUGCCAAAUGAUAGAAGGCAUAAAGUUCUGCUCAUGCCCAUCUGGUUACAGAGACAACAAAGGGGUCUGCGAAGAUAUUGACGAAUGCCAACUUCCGGGUGUGUGCCCCUCCCACACACGAUGCAUCAACACCCCUGGUAGCUUCGAAUGUGUCUGCAAAGAAGGAUACGAACCGAAAAGCAAUAUUUUCAAUCCGAAGUUCGAGGGAUGCCAAGAUAUCGAUGAGUGCCUGGACAAUAAGACCUGUCCGUUUUCAGCUACACUGUGCGUCAAUCUGCCUGGCAGUUAUAAAUGUAUUUGUGCGGAAGGCUAUCAGCCGAUCAACCUCCAAGGGGAUCCUAGAUAUACCAGAUGCAGAGAAAAUAAUGCUUCAUGGCAUCAUGCAAAUAUAGCGCUUAUAGUUUUACUUGCUGCUUCAUUAGUCACUCUUCUGGGAGUAACAUUCAUCAGAAGGAGGAGGUCAUUUUUAAUGAGCAGAAAUGUAAAUACUUAUGAAACAUUAUAGGUUUUAUACUUCCAUAAAUAGAGGUCACUGAUGAUGAAAGGAGAUGUAAAUGCAUAUUAGCUGCUGUAGAUCUUACAUUUUGUGUUCACUUCACAUGAGCCGUUUUUAAUUUGUUGGAAUUGAAAUAAACAUCUUUCCACAUUUUUA